AUGAGCUCCACAAAAAUCGGACCCCAAAAGCGCAAAACGCGCACAUGGGAUCCCAGUCCUGCAAUAAACAUUGACAUACUAUCACUCGAAGACCAAGAACCAUUCAACCAAAACAGACCCAAAAGAGUCAAGCGACAUGGAACAGAACCUUCUGGAUUCGUCCUCGAUUAUACUCGUAGUCGACAAAUGGCGCUAAAGAAUAUGGGGAAAGGAAAACCGUUUACGGAUGAAGCGGACAUUGAGAGAAGACAGUCGAGGCCCCUCACAAGUUUGAGACCUACACCCUUGAUUCCCUGGUUGGUGAAGGAUCAUGCUCCUAUAAUCCCGAAAGAAGGAGCAACUGUGAAACCGCCGGAAAAGCCACCACUUGCCCCAACGGGCGGUCUACGACCACCUUCAGGAGGAAUUGCGCAAAAGAGAAAAUCGAAGGUAGCUCAGCCAUCCCGUUCCCAAGAUUUUCCCAACAUAGAUUUCAGAGUACCGAUGGCUGCUGGAAACAUUGGCUGGGCGAUGUCACUUGCAGUUGAAAGACAGCGGCAAGUCAAUAUCUCAGCCGGGGAGGCGAUAUCAAUGUACCAAAUGUGCAAACAAGGCGAACUUUUGUACAAGUUCGAGAAGGAAUUUUGCCAAAAUUCAUUAUAUAAGGAUAAAGGAGAAGGCAACACCGGCCAUGUUCACUGGUUCAUACACAAUUUGGCACGAAAACAGGCCGGAGUAGGGCCACGACCUUAUAAUCCUCCCACUGAAAAACAAUUGGAGGCACUCAAUGAGAUGAGAAAUACUAAGGAAGGAAGAGAGAAGAUUAUUGCAAAUGCCCGCGCCAUUGGAGAAAAAAAUAAAUGGAUAAAGCCAGGAAAGCUUGAGAGUCUUAUUGACCGUUCUUUCAAAUCGAAAUCUAGAUCAGGAGCACCAGUUACGACGGAAAUGACUACAGCUGCUAGUACAAAGAGUACUCAAGCUCAAACACCGUUGCCUUGGUCGAAGACGGAAGCAUUGGCGUUUGGUCCAGCGACCACAACCGUUCUAUCUCCUGAGGUUCAAGCAGUAAUAAAAGACCUCAUCAAGUCACUCGAAAAGGAAAUUCCUAUUACGUCUGUGCCCCCAAAGACCAAAAGCAUACCCGGAUCCAUAUCAGCAACGACUCACCCAAGAGGUCAUUCACCCGGCCAAGCGACGUCAGUGGAUGACUACGUGAAAGAUCUCGCGAAACAAUUGUCCGCAUUACCAACGACCAAAACAAAAGAUGAAUCUCAAACUCAAACUCAAAUUACACAGUCUGUAAAUCUGUUGGGAGCAACGGUAACAGUAACAUCUUCAGCCGCAACUAAAACAAAAGGAUCUAGUGCGGCACCACCUCAAAAACCUAAGGGCGCACCACCACAAGGAAUUGAAGAUGUGAUUACUCCCAUGCUUGAAGGUACUAUUAUUAAUACUACCUCGUCUGUUGAUCUAGGAUCGGUUUCCGCAGCUGUAACAACUAUACUUUUACCUGCAGCUACCACUGCUCCUACUACUACUGCUGCUGCUGCUGCUGCUGCUGCAACUACCCGUGCCGCUCGUACCGCGGCCGACAUCGAGAAAGUCUUCGGCAAACGAAGUAAUCUCUGCGUGCCGCCUCCCACCCUCCGACAAAACAUCGGUUUCCACUACGUUUCGGACCUGCAUCUCGAGCAAACUAGUUACGACAAUUUUGACUUCACCCCCAGCGUGGGUUAUCUGGUACUCGCUGGAGACAUCGGAUGGGCUCAUUCGUCGCACGAAGCCAGAUAUCGCAAGCUCCUCGCGAGGAUGUGUGCUAAACCCAAAAUUAAACGUAUUUUCCUCGUAGCGGGGAAUAGAGAUUUCUGGCCUAUUCACACGAACACGGUUCAAGGCGCAUUGGGAGUGAUGAGGAAAUUUGCAGCGCAUCCGGAUAUGAAUGGAAAAUUAACAUUUUUGGAAGACGAAAGUUUUGUGAUUGAAGAGAAUGGUGGGAAGAUAGUAGUGCUAGGCUGUACAUUAUGGACAGAGACCAGACGACGUGGCGGUGGCGAACCACGCGAUCAAGAUAAUGCCCAGCGAACUGCAAGACACAGAGCUUCCUGUGAAUGGAUACGGCAGGAAACAGCCAAGAUACGAAAUGAUCCCAAGGAAGUCCUAACGCGUAUACUAAUCAUCACACACAUGCCGCCUUCCAAGAGCGGAACAUCAGACCCCACGCAGACGGCGAUAAAGCCGCGGGAUUUUACAUCAGGUUCUAUGCAUGGUAGUGAUGUGAUUGAUGGGUGUAAGGCGAAGAAUUAUGACCAUAGUAUGAUUAAGACGACGAUGCCGCAGUUGGAUUCGAGAGAUGUCUGGAUUUGGGGUCAUACCCAUUGGAAUGAACCGGUUUAUGGGAGGGUGAGACAUGGUGGGAUGAGGUUUGAGUCUAAUCAGAGGGGUAAUGCUACGAAUAGGGUUUAUCAUCCUAGACCGAUAGAUGCUUUUCAACCGAAUAAGGUUAUUUGGGUGUAG